AUGCUCGGAAGCACCGAACAAUCGGUGUGCCGACCCGUCGACGUAACUCCCGCGAUGUCUGAAAGACUCUUGGAUACGAUAUACAACGCUAUAAAGAUUGCUGGUCCAGCGAAAUUUAAAGUAGGCGACUCUGUACGCGUGAGCAAGUACAAGACAAUUUUCGAGAAAGGUUACACACCAAAUUGGACAACCGAGGUGUUAAAGAUCGUUAAAGUGCAGCGUACCAACCCCGUAACUUAUUUACUCGAGGAUUAUUGCGGAACAUCUAUCGCUGGAGCGUUCUACGAGCAUGAGUUGCAUCGCGCGACUCACCCGGACGUAUUUCUGGUAGAGAAAGUAUUGCGCAAGAAAGGAGACGAGGUUUAUGUCAAAUGGCUGGGAUUCGAUGGAUCACACAUCACACAAUUCAUGGAUACACACAGACAAUGUUAUUUAAUCGUAUAA